UCCCUUGUGACCCACAUUCAUGCAGCAAGCUGCUUCUGGAAGCUGACAGAUGUGACACUGUGGGGCUCUGCUCUUCAUGCCCUGAGUGUAGAGAGUGGCUGUGGGCACGUGUGCUUCCUCAGCUGCCCAGGGCUGACACCGUGGAGAGGCUCAGUAUAGGCCAGGGUAGAAGAGUCCACCUGGGUUGUUUGUCCUCUUCUGCCUCACAAUCUGUCACCUACUGAAGGACACAGUGGGGUCCUCUGGGUAGGAAUGCUCCUCACAGCAGAUUAGUAUCCUCUGAAUGUCUGUGAAGCCUUAGCUGCCAACACUAUAUAAGUACUGUGUUUUAGAUUUGCGGUGGAAGGGGACCCUUGUUUGACAAGCACUUACUCAAAAUCACCUUUAUUUUGAGUCACAGCGUCUUGAGAGUAGGAGACACUAUGUUAAAGUUCUUUUGAUCUAGGUGGUCUGAUGUUUCUGAAAGUUUUUUUUGUGUUUGGAGUUGGAAGGUCUCACCUUGCUGACUGACACUGCUUGUGUACACCCCCUCCCCCACCCCCGUCUUUAAGCAGAGGCUUCUCUGACCACUUCUGGCUGUAGUAGUUGUCCUGAUAGGAAAGUUCUGGGUAAGAUUGGUUUUUAGCAACUAUGCUAGGUAGGCUUUUGUUUGUCCUUCUGUUCUUUUGAUUGAGACAAUGUUACAGUUUGUUCAGAACUGUAACAUUGUAUCCGGGGCCACAGGUGACCAGGUACCUUCGUGCCCGCUCACAGGAUCACCUUGAUGGUGACAAUUUGUUAGGCAGACACUGGGCAGUUGAUACCAAAUUUUUCCUGUUUCAUGUAUUUGUAAAAGAGCUAAGCCUGACACUGCAUUUGCAUACCAUUAACAACCAUAAAAUAAGGAGUAUGCCCAGGCAGAGUACUUUAGAGAUAUAGAAGAAGGUGUGGCAGGAAGUGGCAUUGUAGAGUCUUCGGUGGCUUGAGGAGCCAUGGUCCCAGGCUUCUGCUACUCCUGGAUAGAAGGACCGUCAUGGUAGGAGAUGGGCAGGCAGACCUUCCUGAAGCAGAUGUACCUCUGGUCUGCAUGGCAACAGUGGCCUACUCCUUCCGAGUACUGUAAAAGCCAACCUCCCCGCCAGCCUGGGGGGUUGGCUUCUUGGUGAAGCCCAGAGUGUGUCUAAGGUGUGCAUUCUGUCCUAGACACCUCAUGGCUCUGGGCGCAGUUUCCACGUGUCACUGACUGGCUUGUGAGAGGUGUUUCAGGGAAGCUCCAGGGCCUCUCUCCUAGUUCCUUUGGCACGAACACUCUUUGCAUUAAAGGACUUUUGCUUUUUGUUGUCUAGAUUGCUGUUUGGGAAAGUAAUCUGUUCUGCUCCCUGGAAAAGCAGUCCUGUCUGAACGCUCUCAGGCUUAGAGUGUGCCUUCUGGUUUGUCUCAUCUCAUUGUUGGGUUUCCUGAGCAGGAAGGUAGUGAGCGGUGGGCCCACUGAGUUCUGACAUCAUGCCGAAGCCCAUUCAUUGGCAGCAGAUGCAGUCAGUCAGGUGCUCUGUGGCAUCCGGGUAGGAGAGCUAUAUAGUCCGGGAAUGACAGGAAGCUCCCAUGUUUCACAUCCUGUUGUUCUGGGGUUUGCGACUUGCUGUCUUGCCAUAAUGAAGACUUUUGAUGCAAAUGAUUUGUAUCAGGGGCAGAACUUUAACAAGGUCCUCAGCUCCUUGGUGACACUAAAUAAAGUGACAGCAGACAUUGGACUAGGAAGUGAUUCUGUGUGUGCCCGGCCCUCGUCACAUAGGAUAAAGUCUUUUGAUUCCCUGGGAUCCCAGUCUUCACACAGUAGGACUUCAAAAUUGCUGCAGAGCCAGUACCGAAGCUUGGACAUGACUGAUAACGCCAACAGCCAACUGGUAGUACGAGCCAAGUUUAACUUCCAGCAGACCAAUGAAGAUGAGCUCUCCUUCUCGAAGGGUGACGUCAUCCAUGUCACUCGAGUGGAGGAAGGAGGCUGGUGGGAAGGCACACACAAUGGCAGGACCGGCUGGUUCCCCAGCAACUACGUACGAGAGAUCAAGCCAAGUGAGAAGCCUGUGUCACCCAAAUCAGGGACCUUGAAGAGCCCUCCCAAAGGGUUCGAUACGACUGCCAUCAACAAGAGCUAUUACAAUGUGGUGCUACAGAACAUCCUGGAAACAGAGCAUGAGUAUUCCAAGGAGCUGCAGUCUGUGCUGUCAACCUACCUGUGGCCGCUGCAGACCAGCGAGAAGUUGAGUUCAGCAAACACUUCAUAUUUAAUGGGAAAUCUAGAGGAAAUAUCUUCCUUCCAGCAAGUGCUUGUACAGUCCCUAGAAGAAUGCACAAAGUCUCCUGAAGCCCAGCAGAGAGUCGGUGGCUGCUUCCUGAGCCUGAUGCCGCAGAUGAGGACCCUGUACCUUGCCUACUGUGCCAACCACCCAUCUGCUGUGAGCGUCCUCACAGAGCACAGUGAGGACCUGGGAGAGUUCAUGGAGACAAAAGGUGCCAGCAGCCCUGGGAUCCUGGUGCUGACUACCGGCCUGAGCAAGCCCUUCAUGCGCCUGGACAAGUACCCCACACUGCUGAAGGAGCUGGAGAGACACAUGGAGGAUUAUCAUCCUGAUAGACAAGAUAUUCAGAAAUCUAUGACUGCCUUCAAAAACCUUUCAGCCCAGUGUCAAGAAGUACGAAAAAGGAAAGAGCUGGAGCUGCAGAUCCUGACAGAGCCCAUCAGGAGCUGGGAGGGGGAUGACAUAAAGACGUUGGGCAGUGUUACAUACAUGUCCCAAGUCACAAUUCAGUGUGCAGGAAGCGAGGAGAAGAAUGAGAGGUACCUCCUGCUCUUCCCAAACCUUCUGCUCAUGUUGUCUGCCAGUCCCAGGAUGAGCGGUUUCAUCUAUCAGGGAAAGCUGCCAACAACAGGAAUGACAAUCACAAAACUCGAGGACAGUGAGAACCAUAGGAAUGCAUUUGAGAUAUCAGGGAGCAUGAUCGAGCGCAUCCUGGUGUCCUGCAACAACCAACAGGACUUGCACGAAUGGGUGGAGCAUCUGCAGAGGCAGACGAAGGUCACGUCUGUGAGCAACCCCACCAUCAAGCCCCACUCGGUGCCAUCGCACACACUUCCUUCCCAUCCUCUCACUCCAUCCAGCAAACACGCGGACAGCAAGCCUGUGGCACUGACGCCUGCGUACCACACACUCCCCCACCCCUCUCACCAUGGCACCCCACAUACCACCAUCAGCUGGGGACCCCUGGAGCCUCCGAAGACCCCCAAGCCUUGGAGCCUGAGUUGCCUGCGGCCUGCCCCUCCCCUCCGGCCCUCAGCUGCUCUCUGCUACAAGGAGGAUCUCAGCAGGAGUCCCAAGACCAUGAAAAAGCUGCUGCCAAAACGCAAGCCCGAGCGCAAGCCUUCAGACGAGGAGUUCGCUGUGCGCAAGAGCACAGCCGCUCUGGAGGAAGACGCUCAGAUCCUGAAGGUUAUUGAAGCUUACUGCACAAGUGCAAAGACGAGGCAGACCCUGAACUCAACAUGGCAAGGCACUGACCUGAUGCAUAAUCACGUCUUGGCUGAUGACGACCAAUCAAGUCUAGACUCCUUGGGUCGUCGCAGUAGCCUUUCUCGUUUGGAGCCCUCAGACCUCUCGGAAGACUCUGAGUAUGACAGUCUAUGGACAGCCCAUAGUUACAGAAUGGGUUCUGCAUCCCGUUCACGCAAAGAGUCUGCUCCACAAGUGUUGCUUCCAGAAGAAGAGAAAAUUAUAGUCGAAGAAACCAAAAGCAACGGGCAGACAGUGAUAGAGGAAAAGAGCCUCGUGGAUACCGUGUACGCACUAAAGGAUGAAGUCCAAGAGUUACGACAGGAUAACAAGAAGAUGAAGAAAUCCUUAGAGGAGGAACAGAGGGCCCGCAAGGACCUAGAGAAGCUGGUGAGGAAGGUUCUAAAGAACAUGAACGACCCUGCUUGGGAUGAGACCAAUCUAUAGGCUGACUUCAUUCUCAUAGGCUGAAGACCAGCAGCUCCUGGACAAGGCUGGGGCCCUUGGUCCCCAGCACAGUGACAUUCAGGACUAAGGAGGUGGUCUUCAAAAGGCAAGCAGCAGUGAUGAGCUGUUGCUGAAGUAGCUACAUGUGAGUUCUAGACACCGAGGCCUGGGCUGAGUGAGCACCUCGCUGUACACCUCUCCCUGCAGUGACUGACCAGAGUCCUCGGCUUUGGGACUUGAGUUGAAUCUAUAAAUAGCUUACCUGUGUACUCCUUGUAAAUACUGAGAUCUGAAUGAACAUGUACCUGAGAGGUGACUAGGCUAACCCUCUUGCUAGGAUUUCCUUCUCAGCCUUUCUGGCCACAGGGAUCUGAAGUUGUGUUCCUAAAGUGUUGGAAGCAGAGAGGUGAAGGGAUGCCCGGGCAGCAUCUGACUCGUGUGCAGUGUAGGCUCCUUGGUGCCAUCAGGAGCAGGCACUCAGGCACAGUGGAUUUGUGUGUCUCUUUUAACUGCAGUAUUCCAGUCCCGAGCUACGGCAGUACCCAGGGCACCAUGGGUUCUAGGAGGGUGAGACUGGUGCCCGCCUCUGCUGCGCUGUCCUGCCUGGGCCCUGGGUCACAGUGUGGAGUAGUGGGCUAGCCUGGUGUAUCUUGGCCCUGUACAUAGUUGUGUUAUUUAUUCCAUAUUCUUUAGCCGGUGCUGCCGGGCAGGGUUUGGCUGCAGGCCGUUUUCAUCCACAACCUCUGCUCUGCCUUUGGCUGCAGCCAGCGUUGUCCAGGCCACUGAGAGCCCUCUUAACCCUGAGCAAGACUAAAGCAAUACACACCGCACUGGAGCAGCGCGGAGAGCCUCAGUGCUGUGCCCCCGCCCUCCCUUGCUGCCUCCCCAGGCCCAGAUGGGCCCUGGAAGGCUGGUGGCUUCCAAGAGGCCCUGCUUCUGUUGGGCCAGGCUUGCCCUUGAUUUGGCAACAGUGACAGUGACCUCAGGAGCUUAGCUGUCCCCUUCCUUUCUCCAAAGAGGUUGUUUUGAAGUCAGAGAUACUUCCCCAUAGAAAGGUGUUUGUCUUUAAACACUGAGGAGCAGUGUGGCUGGGGCCUCAGCAUAGCCUAGGUUGUGACCCAGCUCCUGGCCGCUCGUCCUCCGUGCAGGUUUCUGAGUGGGUGUGUGGAGGCCCUUUGUGCUCUCCUUCCUCCACACUCUGGCUGGGUGCAGCGUCUGUCAGGAUCCACCAGAGCCUCCCGCUCCUGUUAGCAUUUUACCAGCCCAGUCUGUGCCGGGUGAGAAAAGCUGAGGUGUUCUUUCUCUUUGGUAAGCCCUGCUUCCCAAGCACUCUCCGACCCAAAAGACACUACAGCAGAGGACAGUGUGUUCGCUGUCACAGUGGACCUCACCUCAGGAACAACGCUCCUUGCAACUCCACUGCUGGCGACUGGUGCCUGGGGUUGCUGGACAGCUCCUCCGCCAAGAGCAAGCGAAGACCAUCUCUGACGCGGUCCUCACCCCGCCGAGGUGGCUGUGCAGGCCCCAAGGACAGUUUUUACAGACCUGCCUUAAUGAUUCGCUUGGAGACUUCCAUGAGUAUCCCUACCCUGGACAGGGUGGUAGCGUUGUGUCAGCACGCCACCCUGUCCUUCUGAGAUCCAGUGUCUUCCAGGCUCUCAGGGAGCGAGAAUCUGCACCCGGAGCAGUCCUUUUUAAAGCUGGCACACACCCCGUUCUCCUCCUGCAUCUCUGCGGUGGAGCUCUGACACCCACAGCACAGGGUGCCUCUCACCAACUCCAACUCCUCCGCGCUCUGUGAGGGAUGAGGGGGAUUAAGCCAUUUCCUGUCCUCUAGUGAAGCACUUUCCGUUCUGAACCAUGCUGCUGCGUGCAGCCUCUGAAGCUCCACUCUUCCCUCCCAGUUGUUGCCCACGCUCCCUGUGCACCUCAUGCCAACCCCUCCUUCCCUGCGACACUGCAGGAGCCGGUGCUGGCAGACCGCACCGGUGUGACUGCUGCAGUGUGUGUGCUGCCCCCUCCAAUUAUUAAACUCCUUAUUUUCCUAUCUCA